GGGGCGGGAUCGGAGGCCCGGGGCGCUCUGGGACUGGCUCCGUGUACUGCCCCGUUCUUUCCCUUCUCCGUGGGGAGGGAUGGUUGAGUCCAGCCGCCACGGUCGGGGCUCCAGGGGCUUCUAGGAGCCCGUCUCUGGCGCUCUCCGCCUUCCAUCACCCUCCUGGCUCCCUCCUCCCCCCGCGCCCCUCCCGCCUCUCCCACUCGCUGGCUCUCCCUCCAGCUGCCUGGGCUCCCGGGCGCUCCAGGCGGCGCGCGCUUCUCUCCCCGCAGUUUCGCCGCCUUGGUGCCUUCCUGCCCCGCUCGGCCCCAAAGCCCCGGCCGCCGGAUCGGAGCUCUCAGCCUUCAGUCCCGCCGCGACCCGGGACCAGAUGCGACCAGAGGGGACCCGAUGCUAGGAGAGGGGACUCAGCCAGGCGCCCAGACCCGCAGGAGGCGGCGGCCGCGCGGCGGCCCCAGGACCCGGCUCCCUCUCCUCUCGCCCUCCGCCGGCCGCCCGGCUCCGCGUAGCGCCCCGCCGGCCCCCGGAGGAGCCCCGGGGCGCCCGUGAGCACGGCCAUCGGUGUCGCGUGCGCGUGGAAUAUCUGCAGACAUGACUGCGCCCUGGAGAGCCCGGCCGCCGCUCCUGCUCCUGGGGCCGCUGUGCUUGUGCGCCGGGCUUCUCGCUGCAGCCAAGGGUCAGACUUGUGGAGGCCUGGUGCAGGGUCCCAAUGGCACCAUAGAGAGUCCUGGGUUUCCCCAUGGAUACCCUAACUACGCCAAUUGUACAUGGAUCAUUAUCACGGGGGAGCGAAACCGGAUUCAGCUGUCCUUCCAUACCUUCGCUCUUGAGGAAGACUUUGACAUUUUAUCAGUUUAUGAUGGACAGCUCCAACAAGGGAAUUUGAAAGUGAGGUUGUCGGGGUUCCAGAUACCCUCCUCUAUCGUGAGUACAGGGUCCAUCCUCACACUCUGGUUUACCACCGACUUUGCUGUCAGUGCCCAAGGAUUUAAAGCCCUGUAUGAAGUGUUGCCUAGCCAUACAUGUGGCAAUCCCGGGGAGAUAUUGAAAGGAGUUCUCCAUGGGACAAGAUUCAACAUCGGAGACAAGAUUCGAUACAGCUGUCUUUCAGGUUAUAUCUUGGAAGGUCACUCAGUUCUGACCUGCAUUGUCAGUCCUGGGAAUGGUGCAUCCUGGGACUUCCCAGCUCCCUUCUGUAGAGCUGAGGGAGCAUGUGGUGGCACCUUACGAGGCACAAGCAGCACCAUCUCCAGUCCACACUUCCCUUCUGAGUAUGAGAACAAUGCAGACUGCACUUGGACCAUUCUGGCUGAGCCUGGAGACACCAUAGCCCUUGUCUUCACAGACUUUCAAUUAGAAGAAGGCUAUGACUUCUUAGAGAUCAGCGGCACUGAAGCGCCAUCCAUAUGGCUCACAGGCAUGAACCUCCCCUCUCCUGUGAUCAGCAAUAAGAACUGGUUACGACUUCAUUUCACAUCCGACAGCAACCAUAGGCGAAAAGGAUUUAGUGCUCAGUUUCAAGUUAAAAAGGCUAUUGAAUUGAAGUCAAGAGGUGUCAAGAUGCUACCCAGCAAGGACAGCAGUCACAAAAACUCUGUUUUGAGUCAAGGAGGCGUUGCUUUAGUUUCUGACAUGUGUCCAGAUCCUGGCAUUCCAGAAAAUGGAAGAAGAGCAGGUUCUGACUUCAGGGUUGGUGCAAAUGUGCAGUUUUCCUGUGAAGAUAACUAUGUGCUCCAAGGAUCUAAGAGCAUCACCUGUCAGAGGGUGACAGAGACACUGGCUGCCUGGAGUGACCAUCGGCCCAUCUGCAGAGCCAGAACAUGUGGCUCAAACCUGCGUGGACCCAGUGGUGUCAUCACCUCUCCGAAUUAUCCAGUUCAGUAUGAGGAUAAUGCACACUGUGUGUGGGUCAUCACCACAACAGACCCAGACAAGGUGAUCAAGUUGGCCUUUGAAGAGUUUGAACUGGAACGUGGCUAUGACACUCUUACAGUAGGUGAUGCUGGGAAAGUGGGAGACACCAGAACUGUCUUGUAUGUACUCACAGGCUCCAGUGUUCCCGACCUCAUUGUGAGCAUGAGUAACCAGAUGUGGCUGCAUUUGCAGUCAGACGACAGCAUUGCCUCACCCGGAUUCAAAGCUGUGUACCAAGAAAUUGAGAAGGGGGGCUGUGGGGACCCUGGAAUUCCUGCCUAUGGGAAGAGGACAGGCAACAGCUUCCUGCAUGGGGACUCCCUAACAUUUGAGUGCCAGGCGGCCUUUGAGCUCGUGGGGGAGCGAGUGAUCACAUGCCAGCAGAACAACCAGUGGUCAGGCAACAAGCCAAGCUGUGUGUUUUCAUGUUUCUUCAAUUUUACUGCAACUUCAGGGAUUAUCCUCUCACCAAAUUACCCCGAAGAAUAUGGUAACAAUAUGAACUGUGUUUGGUUGAUCAUUUCUGAACCUGGAAGUAGAAUCCACCUCAUAUUUAAUGACUUUGAUGUGGAACCACAGUUUGACUUCCUGGCAGUCAAAGAUGAUGGCAUUUCUGACAUCACUGUCCUGGGUACUUUCUCUGGCAAUGAAGUGCCUUCCCAGCUGGCCAGCAGUGGACACAUUGUCCGUCUGGAAUUCCAAUCUGAUCACUCUACUACUGGCAGAGGGUUCAACAUCACAUACACCACUUUUGGUCAAAAUGAAUGCCAUGACCCUGGCAUUCCUAUAAAUGGCCGACGUUUUGGAGACCGGUUUCUCCUUGGGAGUUCGGUUUCCUUCCACUGUGAUGAUGGCUUUGUGAAGACCCAGGGCUCUGAGUCCAUCACUUGCAUCCUGCAGGACGGGAAUGUGGUGUGGAGCUCCACAGUCCCCCGCUGUGAAGCCCCAUGUGGUGGACACCUAACAGCUUCCAGUGGGGUCAUUUUGCCUCCUGGCUGGCCAGGAUAUUAUAAAGACUCCUUAAACUGUGAAUGGAUAAUUGAAUCAAAACCAGGACACUCCAUCAAAAUUACUUUUGAUCGGUUUCAAACUGAGGUCAACUAUGACACCCUGGAAGUCAGAGAUGGGCCAGCAAGUUCGGCCCCAUUGAUAGGGGAGUACCACGGCACCCAAGCCCCCCAGUUUCUCAUCAGCACUGGGAAUUUCAUGUAUCUGCUCUUCACCACCGAUAACAGCCGCUCCAAUGUGGGCUUCCUCAUCCACUAUGAGAGUGUCACCCUGGAGUCAGAUUCCUGUCUAGACCCAGGCAUUCCUGUGAAUGGCCACCGUCAUGGGGGAAGCUUUGGCAUUGGAUCCACAGUGACCUUCAGCUGUGACCCUGGUUACACGUUGAGUGAUGAGGAGCCCCUGGUGUGUGACAGGAGCCACCAAUGGAAUCACGCAUUGCCCAGCUGUGAUGCCCUGUGUGGAGGCUAUAUUCAUGGGAAGAGUGGGACUGUCCUUUCUCCUGGGUUUCCAGAUUUUUACCCAAAUUCUCUCAACUGCACAUGGACCAUUGAAGUUUCUCAUGGAAAGGGAGUACAGAUGAUAUUUCACACUUUUCACCUGGAGAGCUCUCAUGACUACUUACUCAUCUCUGAGGAUGGGAGCUUCCUGGAACCUGUUGCCCGGCUCACUGGCUCAGUCCUACCCCACACCAUCAAAGCGGGUUUGUUUGGCAACUUCACAGCCCAGCUUCGCUUCAUAUCUGACUUCUCCAUUUCCUAUGAGGGCUUCAACAUCACCUUUUCAGAGUACAACCUGGAGCCUUGUGAUGACCCUGGUGUCCCUGCCUUCAGCCGCAGGAUAGGCUUCCACUUUGGUGUAGGGGAUGUGCUGACCUUCUCCUGCUUCCCAGGGUACCGCUUAGAGGGCGCGACCAAACUGACGUGCCUGGGUGGGGGCCGCCGUGUGUGGAGCGCACCUCUGCCAAGGUGUGUGGCUGAAUGUGGAGCAAGUGUCAAAGGAAAUGAAGGAACACUGCUCUCACCGAAUUUCCCAUCCAAUUACGAUGAUAACCAUGAGUGUAUCUAUAAGAUCGAAACAGAGGCGGGGAAGGGGGUCCGUCUCCGAGCAAGGAGUUUCCGGCUGUUUGAAGGAGAUAUUUUGAAGGUAUAUGAUGGGAAAGACAGCUUGUCACGCCCAUUGGGGGCCUUCACCAGGACUGAGCUGAUGGGUCUGACCCUGAACAGCACAUCUAACCACCUGUGGCUGGAGUUCAACUCCAAUGGCUCAGACACAGAGCAGGGAUUCCAGCUUACCUACUCCAGCUUUGAUCUGGUGAAGUGUGAGGACCCGGGCAUCCCCAACUAUGGUUACCGGAUCAAGGACGAGGGCCACUUCACAGACACAGUGGUGCUAUACAGCUGCAACCCCGGCUAUGCCAUGCAUGGCAGUAGCACCCUUACCUGCCUGAGUGGAGACCGCAGGGUGUGGGACCAGCCCUUGCCCUCCUGUGUUGCUGAGUGUGGAGGUCAGAUCCAAGCUGCCACCUCUGGGCGUAUCCUGUCCCCAGGCUACCCAUCACCUUAUGACAACAACCUGCACUGCACUUGGGUAAUAGAGGCCGAUCCAGGAAAGACCAUCAGCCUCCACUUCAUUGUGUUUGACACAGAGCUGGCGCACGACAUCCUAAAGGUGUGGGAUGGCCCUGUGGACAGUGACCUCCUGCUAAAGGAGUGGAGCGGCUCGGCACUGCCAGAGGACAUCCACAGCACCUUCAACUCACUCACCCUGCAGUUCUCCAGUGACUUCUUCAUCAGCAAGUCAGGGUUCUCCAUUCAAUUCUCAACAUCAAUAGCAUCAACUUGCAAUGAUCCCAGCAUGCCCCAGAAUGGCACCCGAUAUGGGGACAGCAGGGAACCUGGGGACACAACUACUUUCCAGUGUGACCCUGGCUACCAGCUUCAAGGGCAAGCGAAGAUAACCUGUGUGCAACUGAACAACCGAUUCUUCUGGCAGCCAGACCCUCCCACGUGCAUAGCGGCAUGUGGAGGUAACCUGACUGGUCCAGCAGGUGUGAUCUUGUCACCUAACUACCCCCAGCCAUAUCCUCCUGGGAAAGAGUGUGACUGGAGAAUCAAAGUGAACCCUGACUUCGUCAUUGCCUUGAUAUUCAAAAGUUUCAACAUGGAGCCCAGCUAUGACUUCCUGCAUAUCUACGAAGGAGAGGAUUCCAACAGCCCCCUUAUUGGAAGUUUCCAAGGCUCACAAGCCCCAGAGAGAAUAGAGAGCAGUGGCAACAGUCUGUUCCUGGCAUUUAGAAGUGAUGCUUCUGUGGGCUUGUCAGGGUUUGCCAUCGAAUUCAAAGAGAAACCACGAGAAGCCUGUUUUGACCCAGGCAAUAUCAUGAAUGGGACAAGAAUAGGGUCAGACUUCAAACUGGGCUCCAUGGUGACCUACCAGUGUGAUUCUGGCUACAAGAUCAUUGACCCUUCAUCUAUCAGCUGCGUGACUGGAGCUGAUGGGAAACCUGCUUGGGACCAGGCUUUGCCUUCCUGUAGUGCUCCUUGUGGAGGCCAGUACACUGGGUCUGAAGGCGUGGUUUUGUCACCUAAUUACCCACAUAAUUAUACAGCUGGUCAAAUAUGCCUCUACUCCAUAACAGUACCCAAGGAAUUUGUGGUGUUUGGACAGUUUGCUUACUUCCAGACGGCUUUGAAUGAUUUGGCAGAACUAUUUGAUGGAACUCACCCACAGGCAAGACUUCUCAGCUCCCUCUCGGGAUCUCACUCAGGUGAAACAUUACCUUUGGCAACUUCAAAUCAAAUCCUGCUCAGAUUCAGUGCAAAGAGUGGUGCCUCUGCUAGGGGCUUCCAUUUUGUUUACCAAGCUGUCCCUCGCACCAGCGACACACAGUGCAGCUCUGUGCCAGAGCCCCGGUAUGGCAGAAGAAUCGGCUCUGAGUUCUCAGCUGGCUCAAUUGUGCGCUUCGAAUGCAGCCCAGGAUACCUGCUACAUGGCUCCACAGCCAUUCGCUGUCAGGCUGUGCCCCACGCCUUGGCACAGUGGAACGACACAGUCCCUAGUUGUGUGGUCCCCUGCAGUGGCAAUUUCACUCAGCGGAGAGGAACAAUUCUAUCCCCUGGCUACCCUGAACCCUAUGGCAACAACUUAAACUGUAUCUGGAAAAUCAUAGUUACAGAGGGAUCAGGAAUUCAGAUUCAGGUCAUCAGUUUUGCCACAGAACAGAACUGGGACUCUCUGGAGAUUUAUGAUGGUGGAGAUAUGACUGCACCCAGACUGGGGAGUUUUUCAGGAACCACUGUUCCAGCUUUGCUGAACAGCACUUCUAAUCAACUCUACCUGCAUUUCCAGUCAGAUAUCAGUGUGGCUGCAGCUGGUUUCCACCUGGAGUACAAAACUGUAGGUCUUGCCGCCUGCCCAGAGCCUGCCCUCCCGAACAAUGGCAUCAAAACCGGGGAUCGCUAUAUGGUGAAUGAUGUGCUGGCCUUCCAGUGUGAGCCUGGCUACACCCUGCAGGGCCGGUCCCAUAUUUCCUGUAUGCCAGGGACUGUUCGUCGUUGGAAUUACCCAUCUCCACUUUGUAUCGCCACCUGUGGCGGGACACUGAAAAGUCUGGGGGGCGUGGUCCUGAGCCCUGGCUUCCCUGGGUCAUACCCCAACAAUUUAGACUGCACCUGGAAGAUCUCACUGCCCAUCGGCUAUGGGGCACACAUUCAAUUCCUGAACUUUUCCACGGAAGCCAAUCAUGACUACUUGGAAAUUCAAAAUGGACCCUAUCACACCAGCCCCAUGAUCGGACAGUUCAGUGGGACCGACCUCCCUGCUGCCUUGCUGAGCACCACCCAUGAGACACUCAUACACUUUUACAGUGACCACUCUCAGAAUAGUCAAGGAUUCAAGCUCACUUACCAAGCCUAUGAACUACAAAACUGUCCAGACCCACCAUCCUUCCAGAAUGGGUACAUGAUCAACUCAGAUUACAGUGUGGGACAGUCGAUAUCUUUUGAGUGCUACCCUGGGUACAUUUUAAUUGGUCACCCUGUCCUCACGUGUCAGCACGGAAUCAACAGAAAUUGGAAUCAUCCUUUUCCAAGAUGUGAUGCUCCCUGUGGAUAUAAUGUGACGGCUCAGAAUGGCACCAUUUAUUCCCCUGGUUUUCCUGAAGAGUACCCCAUUUUGAAGGACUGUGUUUGGCAGGUCACAGUGCCACCAGGUCAUGGAGUGUACAUCAACUUCACCUUACUGCAGACCGAGGCAGUCAACGACUACAUUGCUGUGUGGGAUGGUCCUGAUCCAAACUCCCCACAGCUUGGGGUUUUCAGUGGAAACACAGCCCUGGAAACAGCGUACAGUUCCACCAACCAAGUCCUGCUCAAGUUCCACAGUGAUUUCUCCAAUGGAGGCUUCUUUGUUCUCAAUUUCCAUGCAUUUCAGCUCAAGAAAUGUCAACCUCCUCCAGCAGUCCCACAGGCAGAAAUGCUUACUGAAGAUGAGGAUUUUGAAAUAGGAGACUUCGUGAAAUAUCAGUGCCACCCUGGGUACACCUUGCUGGGGACAGACACACUCACAUGCAAGCUCAGUUCCCAGCUGCAGUUUGAAGGCUCCCUCCCGACAUGUGAAGCGCAAUGCCCAGCCAAUGAAGUUCGGACAGAAUCUUCUGGUGUGAUACUCAGUCCAGGUUAUCCAGGAAACUACCUGAACUCCCAGACGUGCUCCUGGAGUAUCAAAGUAGACCCCACUUUCAACAUUACUAUUUUUGUGGACACCUUCCAAAGUGAAAAACAGUUCGAUGCCUUGGAAGUAUUUGAUGGUUCUUCUGGUCAGAGUCCUCUGUUGGUGGUUCUAAGUGGAAACCACACUGAGCAAUCCAACUUCACAAGUAAGAGCAAUGAAUUGUAUCUCCGCUGGUCCACUGACCACGCCACCAGUAAGAAGGGAUUCAAGAUCCGUUAUGCAGCUUCGUACUGCAGCUUGACCCACACACUGAAGAAUGGAGGUAUUUUCAACAGAACUACGGGGGCCAUUGGCAGUCAAGUGCAGUAUUUCUGCAAGCCUGGUUACCGCAUGAUUGGCCACAGCAAUGCCACCUGCAGAAGGAACCCAUUAGGCAUGUACCAAUGGGACUCACUUCCACCACUCUGCCAGGCUGUAUCCUGUGGGAUCCCAGAAUCCCCUGUAAAUGGUUCAUUCACUGGCAAUGAGUUCACUUUGGAUAGUAAAAUAAUAUAUGAGUGUCACGAGGGCUUUGUACUUGAGGCUAGUCAUCAAGCCACAGCUGUGUGCCAGGAAGAUGGAUUGUGGAGUAACAGAGGGAGGCCUCCUGCUUGCAAACCUGUUACCUGUCCAGGGAUUGAAGCUCAGCUGUCAGAACACAUCACCUGGAGGCUGGUGUCUGGGUCACUGAAUGAGUUCGGUGCACAGGUGGUGCUGAGCUGUAGUCCUGGGUACUACCUGGAGGCGCCCCGGCUUGUGCACUGCAGAGCAAAUGGGACAUGGAGCAUGGGUGAAGAGAGACUGAGGUGCAGAGUGAUUUCCUGUGGAAGCCUGUCCUUUCCCCCAAAUGGAAACAAGAUAGGAACGCUGACAGUCUAUGGAGCCACAGCCAUAUUCACCUGUAACACCGGCUACACACUAGUGGGUUCUCAUGUCCGAGAAUGCUUAGCAAAUGGGCUCUGGAGUGGGACUGAAACCCGGUGUCUAGCGGGUCACUGCGGCUCUCCAGACCCCAUCGUGAAUGGCCACAUCAGUGGGGAUGGCUUCAGUUACCGGGACACAGUGGUCUACCAGUGCAAUCCUGGCUUCCGGCUCGUAGGGACUUCAGUCAGGAUUUGCUUGCAGGACCACAAGUGGUCUGGACAGACUCCUGUCUGUGUCUCCAUCACCUGUGGUCACCCAGGAAACCCUGCCCGUGGUUUUACCAAUGGCAGUGAGUUCAACCUCAAUGAUGUCGUGAACUUCACAUGCACCACUGGGUACCUGUUACAGGGAGCCCCCCGAGCCCAAUGCCGGAGCAAUGGGCAAUGGAGCAGUCCUCUGCCCACAUGUCGAGUGGUGAACUGUUCAGACCCAGGCUUUGUGCAAAAUGCCAUUCGACAUGGACAACAGAAUUUCCCAGAGAGUUUUGAGUAUGGAAUGAGUGUCAUAUAUCAUUGCAAGAAGGGGUUCUACUUAUUGGGCUCUUCUGCCUUGACCUGUAUGGCCAAUGGCCUAUGGGACCGUUCUCUCCCCAAGUGUUUAGCUAUAUCCUGUGGACACCCAGGGGUUCCUGCCAAUGCUAUCCUAACUGGAGAACAGUUUACAUAUGGUGCUGCAGUUCACUACUCAUGCAAAGGGAGCCAGAAUCUCAUAGGAAACGGCACAAGAGUUUGCCAGGAGGAUAGUCACUGGAGUGGAGCACUACCUCACUGUACAGGAAAUAAUCCUGGAUUUUGUGGUGACCCAGGAACCCCGUCCCAUGGGUCGCGGCUUGGAGAUGAAUUUAAAGCAAAGAGCCUCCUUCGCUUCUCCUGUGAGGUGGGCUACCAGCUGAGGGGCUCCCCAGAGAGGAUGUGUCUGCUCAAUGGUUCAUGGUCAGGGCUACAGCCGGUGUGUGAAGCUGUGUCCUGUGGGAACCCAGGCACACCCACUCAUGGCACAAUUAUCAGCAGUGAUGGCGUCCACUUCUCUAGUUCAGUCAUCUAUGCCUGCUGGGAAGGCUACAAAACCACAGGGCUGACCACAAGACACUGCACUGCCAAUGGGACCUGGACUGGCACAGCUCCGGACUGCACAAUCAUCAGCUGUGGAGACCCGGGCACACUGGCUAAUGGCAUCCAGUUUGGGACGGACUUUACCUUCAACAAGACUGUGAGCUACCAGUGCAACCCUGGGUACCUGAUGGAGCCUUUAACAUUGUCCACUCUUAGAUGUACCAAGGAUGGUACAUGGAACCAGAGCAAACCCGUGUGCAAAGCUGUCAUGUGUGGCCAGCCCCCCUUUGUGCAGCAUGGACAAGUGGAAGGCAGUGACUUCCGCUGGGGGGCCAGCAUCAGCUAUAGUUGUGUAGCCGGUUACCAGCUCUCCCACUCAGCCAUCCUGUCCUGUGAAGGCCGUGGGGUGUGGAGAGGAGAAGCACCCCAGUGCCUACCUGUGUUCUGUGGCGACCCUGGCACCCCUGCAGAGGGGAGACUCAGUGGCAAGAGUUUCACCUACAAAUCUGAAGUCUUCUUCCAGUGCAAACCCCCCUUUAUCUUGGUAGGAUCUUCCAGAAGAAUCUGCCAAGCUGAUGGAAUGUGGAGUGGGAUCCAGCCCACCUGCAUUGAUCCUGCUCACAAUAGCUGCCCAGACCCCGGAACACCACACUUCGGAAUUCAGAACAGUUCCAGGGGAUAUGAGGUUGGAAGCACCGUGUUUUUCAGGUGCAGAAAAGGUUACCAUAUCCAAGGCUCUACCACACGCACUUGCCUUGCAAACCUAACAUGGAGUGGAAUACAGACCGAGUGCAUACCUCAUGCCUGCAGGCAACCCGAAACACCUGCCCAUGCAGAUGUGCGUGCCAUUGACUUGCCUGCCUUUGGUUACACGCUCGUGUACACCUGCCACCCUGGCUUCUUUCUGGCGGGUGGUUCCGAGCACCGGACAUGCAAAGCGGACAUGAAGUGGACUGGGAAGUCACCUGUCUGUAAAAGUAAAGGAGUGAGAGAAGUUAAUGAAACAGUUACUAAAACUCCAGUUCCUUCAGAUGUGUUCUUCAUCAAUUCGGUGUGGAAAGGUUAUUAUGAAUAUUUAGGAAAAAGGCAACCUGCAACACUGACUGUGGACUGGUUUAAUGCCACAAGCAGUAAAGUGAAUGCCACCUUCAUUGAAACCUCACAUGCAGAGCUGAAAUUGACAGGUGUUUACAAAAAAGAGGAGGCCCAUUUACUUCUGAAAGCUUUUCAGAUGAAAGGUCCAGUGGAUAUUUUUGUGAGCAAGUUUGAAAAUGACAACUGGGGCAUGGAUGGUUAUGUCUCAUCAGGUCUUGAAAGAGGAGGAUUUACUUUUCAAGGUGAUAUAAAUGGAAAAGACUUUGGAAAAUUCAAGCUUGAAAGGCAAGAACCCUUGAGCUCCGAUCAAGAUUCGUCAAAUCAUUUUCAGGGCACCAGCAGUGGCUCUGUGGCAGCAGCCAUCCUGGUUCCCUUCUUUGCUCUCAUUUUGUCAGGAUUUGCAUUUUACCUCUAUAAACACAGGACAAGACCAAAAGUUCAGUACAAUGGCUAUGCUGGACAUGAAAACAGCAAUGGACAAGCUUCCUUUGAAAACCCCAUGUAUGACACAAACUUAAAACCCACAGAAGCAAAGGCUGUGCGGUUUGACACAACUCUGAACACAGUGUGCACAGUGGUAUAGCCCUCAGGGUGGCGGGGGGACCUUUCAUAGCCAUACCUCUGACGGACAAGCAGUCACUCCUCUGGUGCCAUUGCUCUCUCUCCCCUCCACUCUCGGCUUUGUGGUGACCUUGACCCUGCUACCAGGGACACAUAGCAGGUGUCCCCCAACCCCCAGUGCCAGAGUCUUCUGGGGAUCGAAUCACAGCUAGACCCUCAUCCAGAUCAUGGGUUUGAAUGACCUGCUACACCUGCUGGAAGCCAAGGCGCACGCUUCAGGAAGAUUGGGGAGACCUUUGGAUGUGUCCCACCACUGUUGCAGACUGCCCUUCUUCCCAUUGGUGGGGGGGCUGGGAUGCCUUUCAAUGCAAUC